AUGACUGACUUCGAGAUCAUCAAAUCCUUAACUUUGGAGGUCAAUCAUCAUACCAAUCUACAUAUAUCCAUUAGUCAAUUGAUUCAUAACUUUUUGAAAUAUUUGAAAGAACCUCGAUAUCAGAACCCUUUGACUAUUGAAGAAAUCUCCCAUUUAUUCCAAUGUUUCUAUAAGGAUUUGAAUUCCUUGAUUACCUACGUUUUCACUCAAAGUAAUAGUACUAAGAAACAAUUGAUCAGUAAUUGUCAGUAUUUUAAAGAAAAUUCCCAGAAAUUCGAUUAUCUUUUGGCCAUAUCCAAUUAUUCAUCAUCUUCUAUCAAACUUGUCAAAAGAACUGACGAUGAGGCUUUAAAUCAGUUGAGAAUCUUUAAUUUUUAUAAAUUCUUAAUAAUUCAUAAAUCCAUGGAAUUAUCAGCUUUCAAGCUUUUCAAUUCCGUCAACGAUAAAGAUGAUGAUAGUUUAUUUGAAAAGCUAUUCAAAUUCAAUGAGAAAGAUUUGUUGAUCCAGGAUUUGUUGGAUAAGAAAAUGAGUUUAUUGAAAAGUUUUAAAAUUCCGUUAAAGAACUUUUUAGAUACAGAUAUUAAGGAAUUUGACAAAUUAGCUAACAUAUUGAAAGAUGACGAUUCAGAAAGUUCGGAAAUUGAACCAAAUUCCGAAGAAAUCGCUAUAAAACUCGAAUUAAAUCAACUCAUUGAUAAUCUCAAUAAAAUCUCCGAAACUAAUAUUCCACUGCAUAAACUUCAAAUAGUUGCCGAUUUCCAGAAAAGGCUCACUAAGAUUUUAACCCAGGUGCUCAAAUGUGACAUUAAUAACGACAUUUUAUUGCCUAUAUUGAUCUAUAUUGUCAUUUACAAGGUUGAUAAUUCAAAUUUCUUCCUCAAUUUCAAUUUCAUCAAAAACUUCAAUAAUUCCUUGAGUCCUUACGAAAUUCAUUUAUCUAAUAACUCCAAUUAUGUUCCUCCCAAUGAUAAUAGGCUCAAAAUAAAGAAAACCACCUUAUAUGAUUGCCUCAAUCUUGAUGAAUCUACAGAGUCAAAUCAAUCCAAUGAUUUCUUCAAUACCGAUAAAGAUUUGAUUGAUUAUAUCAACGGGAAAUACUUGAAUAAUAGUGAAUUACAUUACUACUUAACUAAUUUUGAGGCAGUAUUAUUCUUUAUCCAAAGUGUCAUUAUAAACGAAUUAAUGGAUGUUGAUACUGAUGAAGAAAUUUUGAUCAAACCCAUACUGGAGAUCGUAGAGAAGCAAUUAUUCCAAUUCCCAAAGACUUCAAGUGACGAGAGUUUACAUUUAUCUAAUAAAAACAGUAAUAACUCAUUGAACAAUCGAUCAAGAUCAAAUUCUUUGUUCAAUACUUUGACGAACAAGUUUUCUGAAGCUACUAAGAAUAGAUCCAGAUCAAAUUCUAAUUUGAAGAAUACCAGAGAAUCAUUUCCUUCAGUGGAUAUUGAUAAUAAUCCUCCCACUGUGCCAUUAAUUGAAAGUGAUAGUUUUUCCAUGAUGAAGAACAUUAUCAAUAGAUUCGGAUCAGUUAGUGUGCUGCAAUUCAAGAAUUUCAAUGAAGAUGAAGAACAAGGGUUAGAAAGUACAAAACACAAUAGAUCUCAAUCUUUAGCUGAAAGAUUAUCACCAACUAAUUCCAGAACGAGAUCAUCAUCUUUAGAGAAUUCUACAGUUUCUCCAGCCAGAAAAAAUACCAUAGCUUCCAAAUUAUCAUCGGGAGUUACAGAGAUCAUGACAAAAUUUAAUACUCCUGUAGUACCAGUGAAUGGAACCCAUAGUUAUAACAAUUCCACCACAUCUUUGAAAUCAUUAGAAGAAGAGACUAAACGACCAGAAUAUGUAAGAAGUAGAACCACCAGCAUGCAAGUCAUGGAGAAAUGGUUUAACAAUCUUAGUCAACAGAGUCAAUCUCAAGUUCAAUCAACCAUUAGAUCCAAUUCGACCGUAGAUCCAAUUCACGGUUCUAUAGAUGGAUCUAUCACGGAAGUAGUUCCCAUAGUCCCAGUUCAGGUAACUGCCAAAGAAGCUAAUGAUUCGAUUGAUGAGAGUUCAGUGUUUUCAUCUCCAUCUAAAGAAUUGAUGAAAUAUCAUAAUAUUGAGUUCGAUGAAUUGACUAUCUCCGAUUUGAGACACCUUAAGACAUAUUAUGACCAAUUAUGUAACGAACUAAGCCUUAAGUUUGAGUCCAAAUCCACCGAUUUGAACGACCAAUUUAGUUCCGUUAAUUCUAUAUAG